UGUGCGCCAUGAGGUUUACUCGGCCUGUGUGGAUCUUUGCAGUCACGACGUAGGGCUGACCUUCGUGGAGCGUCACCAGUACAAGCGCACUCUUCUUUGUGGCCAUUUCCGCCCUCACACCCUUUUUGGUCUCUUCGCAAUCAUCCGCGGUGAACGAUGAUGAACGGCCAGAUGAAUGGUUUUCACAACUCUGUCAUUGACGAGGACUGCUUCUUGUUCACCUCGGAGUCUGUCGGGGAAGGGCAUCCCGACAAGAUCUGCGAUCAAAUUAGCGAUGCGGUCCUUGACGCCCAUCUCAGGCAAGAUCCCGAUGCCAAGGUUGCGUGCGAGACUGUUGCCAAGACGGGAAUGAUCCUGUUGGCUGGUGAGGUGACCUCACGAGCCACAGUGGACUACCAGAAAAUCGUGCGGGACACUAUUUGCCAGAUUGGCUAUGAUGACUCCGCUAAAGGCUUUGACUACAAGACCUGCAAUGUCCUGGUGGCCCUGGAGCAGCAGUCUCCUGACAUAGCUCAAGGUGUCCACGUAGACCGCAACGAAGAAGACAUUGGCGCAGGGGACCAGGGAUUGAUGUUUGGAUAUGCCACCGACGAGACAAAGGAGUGCAUGCCCCUCACAAUUGUGCUCGCUCACAAACUGAACGCCAAGCUGGCCGAGCUGCGGCGCAACGGCACUCUGCCGUGGCUCAGACCUGACUCCAAGACGCAGGUUACCGUCCAGUAUCGUCAGGACCGCGGCGCCAUGCUCCCGGUGCGCGUGCACACAAUUGUAAUCUCUGUUCAGCAUGAUGAGGAGGUUUGCCUGGAGGAGAUGAGGGAUGCCCUGAAGGAAAAAGUCAUCAAGUGUGUUGUCCCCUGUAAUUAUUUGGACGAUGACACCAUCUACCACCUGCAGCCCAGUGGAAGGUUUGUCAUCGGGGGCCCUCAGGGCGACGCCGGACUGACGGGGCGCAAGAUAAUCGUCGACACUUACGGCGGCUGGGGGGCCCACGGAGGGGGGGCGUUCUCCGGCAAAGACUACACUAAAGUGGACCGCUCUGCUGCGUACGCCGCACGCUGGGUUGCCAAGUCUCUGGUAAAGGCUGAGCUCUGCAGGAGAGUCUUGGUUCAGGUGUCCUAUGCCAUUGGAGUUGCCCACCCCCUGUCCAUUUCCAUCUUCCACUAUGGGACCUCCAACAAGAGUGAGCGGGAGCUGCUGGACAUUGUACGGAAGAACUUUGACCUCCGUCCUGGAGUCAUUGUCAGGGAUCUGGAUCUGAAGAAGCCCUUGUAUCAGAGGACAGCAGCCUAUGGCCACUUUGGCCGUGACUCCUUCCCAUGGGAGGUUCCCAAAAAGCUCAAAUACUAAACCUGUUAAGCUUUUCGCCCCCAGGCUUGUUGGUGUAUACUACAGAGAAGCCUCCAAGAUUCAGGGGGUGAAAUGCCCUUAGCUGUCUUUCUCUUUCUUUCCCUCUCUCAAAUGAUUCACCUGCCACAUGACUCCCCAUUUGUCCUGUCUUGGUGGUUGCAUUAUCAUGCUGGCUACCUGAAGGCAUUUAUUUUUUGUUUUUGUUUUGUUUUUUUAAAUUACUGACGUUCGAAGAACUUGUCCCUUCUCCUUUUGCUCGUCACUGUGCUAGAGCCUGAUUGGCUGCAGUUCUCGUCGUUUAACAUGAGUCUAGUCUAAUAGUCUGUGGGACAGUGGUGGCUUGUAUUUCUGUAGUUGGCCUUUGUUCACUGGUGCUACUAUGAGAGAAGCAUGUCUGACCUGCAAAGUAAAUGUUAGCCUUGUCGCUUAGGAGGAUCCUCGGAUCUUACCGAGCAACAUUCCUCCUCGGUCAGUCUGCUACAAAUUUCCCAUCUUCCACUAAUCUUUUUAUUUUUGCUAGUAUUGCUCCUUGUCUUCAUGGAGGAUGUUAGAGAGCCACAAAUAAAUAAUGGAAAGGUUGCUGUUAACGAAAUAAAAUGCUAUGCAUUUCAGGCUCAAGAGCCAGCCAAAUGUUAACACUUUUAAAUUUCUCCAAUGAGACGAAUGGCCCACAUCCCGCUGCAGACCUUUGCUGUUUUCUGACGUUAUACAGAAAAGUCAGAGGCUGCUAUGUCACUGCUCUGGUCUGCAGAGGUGUUGGAUGAACUUGAAAGCGUUUCAUCGCAUUUGGAUUUAAAAAAUAAAAAAUUCUUGAACGCUCCUUUUUAAAAUAAAAAAACAAAUGUAAUAAGCCCCCCUGGACUCCGCAGGUGUAUUGAUGGCGGGUGUAGUUACAGAGAAACCUGAUUUCCAUCUUUAUCCUGCUCUGGAGUUUGUCAGUCUUAUUGGAUAUCAAAUGUCAACACUAUUUAUUUGUUCUCUGGAGCUCAGUGUGGAUACAGAGAAGCUGAGGCUUCAGAAGGCAGCUUUAAAAACACUUAGUUACUGAAUCUUGAAUUCCUUUUGACUUGAUCAUUUGUUUGUUUGCUUGAGUGUCCAGAGUGUUGUACAGAAAAGCUUUGGUUAACCUCAAAAACAAAUGGCAAAUGUUGGACUAAGUUUUUAUUUUUGGACUACACAUUUCUUUUUUUUUUUUUUUUUUCCUUCCUCCUUCACUCCAACUUUUUUUUUUUUUUUUAAAAAGCCUUUGCAAAUCUUUGGCUCUGACAAAUCUUCAUCAGUGCGAUGGCAACAUUUGGUUGGUGUAGUACAGAGAAACCAGCCUUGUUUACAUGGCCAUCCCAUGUAGUGCUCUUAUUGCCGGUCAUAAUCAUUGGCUACAGUAAGUGUAUACGUGCCUUUUCAAUUUCCUCUCACCCUUUGCUUCUCUUCCUCACCCCUCAUAUGCUUCGACCAAGAAGACGCAGCUCAAUCUGUAAUGUGCUCCAUGUUUAACGCUUGUGCUCUGUAAUAAACGAACUACUUGCAACGUC